ACAAAUGCUUAUCUUAGUCUCAUGUUGUUGUCCCCUACACAAGCUCAGCGUGGUCUCCCACCAUCCCAGUCCUUGGCCAUGUUCUGGCAAAGUAUUCUAGCAGGUUCUGAGGUAGACUCGGAUUGUCUGGAGCUGAAUAUUCUGCUGUUACACGAUUCGAUCCCUAAUUGUGAUACGGUAGCAGACCGUGUUUUGAUUGCUGAGUCGAUUGGAAAGCUUUGAUUGCAUUCGCCUUGUGACCUUGAGAGGGGUAUGAGACUGACACGGAGAAUUCUCUAGUAACAAUUUGUGGGUCUAUUGACCGAGUUGGCAUCAGUCUUCAUUUUGUCAACUGAGUUGAUUCCUUCCUCAUUCCGUUGCUUGUCAUAAAUUUAUGGAGAUGAAGUGUCAACAAUCGCUUGGACUAAGUUUGCGCCGAUGGUUUGCCUCGCAGCAGUGGCUGAUUAGCUGGUGGCUUUGUCACGGAUUCAGUUCGUGUGCUCUUGCCUUACUAUAGAGAUUCCAGGAUUUUCCAGGACAUCGACAAGUGCAUGAGACAUUAUCAGCUUAGUCUGGACUCUUUCGGAGCCUGGUUAUUGCCUGGGCGGGAGAUUAGAGCUAGGCAGCUUCACGACGCUGUCCAAAAUGUCUCAGAGUGACUGGGUGAAAUUGUGCAGACGGUGGAGAUAAGUGUGGUGAUGCACUGUGAAGGGUGUGCAGCAACCGUGAAAAGAACCCUGAAGAAAAUCCCGGGUGUCACUUCCUACACAGUAAACUAUAAAGAGCAAAAGGCAACAGUAGUUGGAGAAGUUGAUGCGGAUGAUGUGGUGCGUCGCAUCCGCAAGUCUGGAAAAGCGGCUACUUUGAUUUCUGCCACCGCCACCCCAUCACCACCACCAGAGCCACCCAAGGAAGAAGCCAAGUCAACAGAGGAAAAGACAGAAGAGACAACCGCAUUAGUGGAAGAGGGAAAAUCAAAAAAUAAAGGGGGGAAAAGUCCUAGAAAAAUCUUUCGCCCGAAGAUGCCUAAGAUGCCUGAGGCGAAAAUGCCGAAGUCUGUGACCAAUGUUUUGUCCAAGUUCCCGGAUUGCCGUAAUCUGUCCAAGGGCAUAUCCGACAGCCGUAACAUGCCCAAGUUCAUGGGUGAAUUCAUGUCAAAAGGGGUGUUUUACGCUGCAGACGGUAUGACCGACUCAGAUUAGUCCAGACAUGAUAUCAGAACUGGGAAACUUGUUCUGUGUCUAUAUGAAAAGCUCACACAGGAUUUUAAUUCCAACUGCAUUCUUCAAUGUGUUACUAAUGGUGGUAGUUUCAAACAUCGUGCAACCAUUAUCGUUGUAAAAAGAUUAAGAACAAAUAGAAAAAUAACAGCCGAAGGCUACACUGGUUGCAACUGAGUUUGAGCCUAGCUUUAAGACCUGAGAGCUUUUAGUUUGAUGUUGAUAGUGUAUCAACGCAGGCUUGCCAUGUAAAUCUUGCAGCUUAAUCCUCCUGUAAAUGUCUUCAAGCUGCAAUAUAAAUAAUUCCAGUA